AGCAGCAGCAUGGAGCCCCAGCACAGCUCACCACACACACCGCUGUAGGACACGAGCGCACACACACACACACACACACCAGGCGCCGGCAGACGGACAGCAGUGCAGAAGCGGGGAAGCAGCGGCCGUCAGCAGCUGGAUUGCCUUUCCCGCCCCGCCAUGGAGAGCUCCAUCACACUCUGGCAGUUCCUGCUGCAGCUGCUGGUCGACCAGAGCCACAAGCACCUCAUCUGCUGGACGUCCAACGACGGCGAGUUCAAGCUGCUCAAGUCGGAGGAGGUGGCCAAGCUGUGGGGGCUGCGCAAGAACAAGACCAACAUGAACUACGACAAGCUGAGCCGGGCGCUGAGAUACUACUACGACAAGAACAUCAUCAAGAAGGUGAUCGGACAAAAGUUCGUCUACAAGUUUGUGUCGUUUCCCGAGAUCCUGAAGAUGGACCCUGCCCUGGUGGAGUCGGGCCGCUGCAGCGAGGGGAGCGGCGGCGCCGCGUCCGAACCCGAGGCCGAAGACGAGGACGGGGCCGAGAGGAACCAGUACCUCCACUCUGGCCUGUACUCCUCCUUCACCGUCGGCUCCCUGCAGCGUCCAAUCAAGACGGAGCCCCGGUCGGACCGCCACGAUGACGGCUCGUCCGUCAUCCGCUUCGUAACCAACCGCGGGCGCGCUUCCCUGCCCUGCACCCCGCCGCCGUCCUCGGCGGAGAACUCUCACUCCUCCAGACUGUCUCCCCGGCCGGCCCGCUCCUCCUCCCCCGGCUCCCCGUCCCCGCCGCGGAGCCCCGCCCCCCCGCCGGCGAGGCCGCGGUUCGCCGACGCCGACGAGUCGGAGGGCAGCAGCCAGCCCCUCAACCUGUCGUCCGGCCUGAGGGAGAGGGAGAGGUCGCAGAGCGCCGCCGCCUCCGAGAGGCGAGGACUGGCCGGCGGCACGCCGCUGAAAGGCAGGAAGCCAAAGAGUCUGGAAAUCUCCGCCCCGUCUCUCCUCCUGACAGGAAGUGACCUCGUCUCCAUAGCGCUCAACAGCCCGGCGCUGCCCUCGGGGUCCCUGACCCCCGCCUUCCUCACGGCGCAGACUCCAUCUGGCCUGCUGCUCGCUCCCAGCCCUCUGCUCUCCAACAUCCACUUCUGGUCCAGCCUGAGUCCAGUGGGACCCCUGAGCCCCGCCCAGCUGCAGAGCCACGCCCCCCUCUUCCAGUUCCCCUCCCUGCUGAACGGACCCCUCCCGGUGCCGCUGCCCGCCGUGGACGCCCCCUCCCCCCUGCUGCUCUCCUCCAGCUCCCAGAAGUCCUGAUGCCAGCCUCCCCGCCGACCCCGGCACAGAUCGGGACCACCGGGGUCAUCGGAUGACUGAGGAUGACCCCCCCCCAUCCCCCCGCCCCGUUCAAACUUUUUCAUCUGUUUCUUUGCUUUUAUCACCGAAGGAACAGCUUCGUUGUGAAGCUUUGCUCUCUGAGACGAGUAUUUUUUGCAUUUAGACGCGUCUUCCUAUGUUUACUACAGUUCAGUUUUGUUAUCUGUGUUUAGCGUUUUUUUCAGGAUUAAAACUGGUGAAUGUGUUCAUGAUGAUGCAAAGGAGGGACUGAAGAAGGAUAUCUUGUUAUUUUAGGGUCAAUCUCAAAAUCCGCACCUCGGAUCUGAAGGAUUCAUGAGGUAAAAGAAAGAUGUGCGGGUGUAAUGUCAAGAGAACCGCCCCGAAUCUCAGUCUGAUCCUAACGGGACCUUAACUGGACGAAUGGACGCCACAGGCUCCAGCGGCCUGUGAAGAGUGACAAUCAAGCCCUCAACGAUUUAAAUAAAUGAGAAAACACGCAGAAACGUACAGAAGCGUAUUGCACUCACACCACAAACGACAGGUUAGUUUUUCUGAGCCAAAGUGAAAUUUUAAUGGAAAUUCAAUCAGCUGUUUUCAUUUAACUAACAUUUCUUUACUCCAAAAAUAGCAGGGUUUUUUUUUUUUUUUUUAAUUACAUUUAUUCUAAUAAUUUCUCUUUGGAGCAAGCUUAAAAAAUAAAUUUAUUUUUUUUAAAUGUAAUGAAAAUUUUUCAUGAGAAAAUGAACUUAUAUAGAUUUUUUUAAUCAAUAUUUUUUCUGAACUUACAAGAAAUCUUGUGUCAAAAUGAGAAAAUUUGCUUUUUUUUUCCAGAAAAGCAUUUAUUAGCUAAUGAAAAAUUUACAAAAAACUCCAUAUAUUUUCUGAGAAGUAUACAAAUAUAUAUAUUUUCAGAUAUACAAACUUUUUUCUGAACUGACAUUUUGAAAUGCAGUUUACCUUAAUGCAAAUUAAUAAUAAAACUGCUUUUUUAAAGACUUGUAGAUACAUUAUUUUCUUAAAUGCAUAAUUCCAUUAAAUGCAGUUGAAGCAGUUUUUGGAAUAAUUUGAGAACCAAAAAAAUCCUUUAAAUAUUUUGAAAACAUUUUUAAUGAAAUAAAUCAGAAAAUGCUGUUUUAUUUCUUUAUUGAAAAUCAUUGUUUUCUAAAUGAUGAGAAUUGGUUGCCUCCACCCCAAAAAAGAGCAGUUUUUCGGCAUUUUUCCAAGUUUAAAAGGAUGAAUUUUCUUUCCAGUUAUUUUUUCCUUGAAACGGAGAUGAAAAUCUUCUACAGAAAGUGUUUUUCUAUUAAUGAAACUUAAAGAAUAUUGCUGCUUUAGAUAAAUUCUGCCGCAGUUACUUUUCCAAAGGCGUGUUAAAUAUUUAAAAUCAUCUGGAUACUGUUGCAUAAAUUAAUCAUAUAGAUUAAAAAAAAAAAAAAGAUUUUCUUCUUUCUGUGAGAAGCAUGCUUCUGUACAAAGACUUACAGUUUCAGACGUUGAAAGAAUCUCAGGAUUUUUGGUUGUUUCGCUUUAAAAAAAUCAGUCCGAUCUGAGAAGUUUGAGCCAGACGUAACCGAGAGAUGAAGGCGGACGGACUCCUGGCAGAGAGGCUGCUGCUGAGAGACGCUGUGGAAGUGUUUUAUUUUCUGUAUAUUGACUCGUAUUUUUAAUGCACUGUACCUUUAAACCUUGUACCGGCUGUGCCUUUGAACAUGUAAAACGUAUGGAGAUGUGUUCAGCUUCAAUCCACACUCAAGGUCAAAAUUGCACAAAGUUUUUUUUUGUAAAAUGGCUUUUGAUUAUUGUUUUUCUUGCUUUUCUUUUAUUUGUAAUAAGAGAGAAAUUGUAUUCUCAUUGAUUUCCUUGUUUUCUUCAUUUAAAAAAACAAAUAAAUGUCACUGUUUUGAUGA